UCCAAUGCUUUAGGGUUUCUAUAAAAUUCCACAUUUAUGUGCAAACAACAAAAUCCCUAAUUUAAAGGGGUUGCGGUUUGUGUGAUAUUUUCUUCUUCUUGUUGUUGUUAAUUUCUUGAAACAUGGCGGGUCAAACAAACCCGGAAUUAUCCCCAAAAGACUCAGACGUGAAUGAAGAAUUGCAGGAGCUUGAAUUCACGAAAAGGGGUUGUUGUUGUUUCUGGUUUCCAUCUUUCACAUGUGGCAGAAGCGUAUGGGAACGGGUGUCUACCAGCGAUCAAAAGGAAGAACCCCAUUGGUGGGAUAAGGGUUUGAUCGCCGUUAUGAAAGUCAGGGAGUGGUCGGAACUUGUGGCAGGUCCAAAAUGGAAGACAUUCAUUCGACGAUUCAAUAAAAAUCGUUCCAAAACAAAUAAAUUCAAUUACGACCCGUUGAGUUACUCCUUGAAUUUCGACGAUGGACCAGGGGUAAACGAUCAGUCGGAAGAUGAUCGUUUAUUCCGUGAUUUCUCGUCGAGAUUCGCUUCAAUUCAGGUUUCUGCUAAGUCUUCAAUGGAUUUGGGCAAAGACCCACCAUCCAAAUUGUGAAUUCCUCAGCGGCGAAUUACGAAAAAAGAAUGCCAUGAUGUGGAAUCGGACAAGCGACGGCGAUGGGCCGAGAAUUGCGGCGGAGAAAUUGAUUGGGCUCUGUUAUUUGCAACGCUUGUGACGGUGAUGAUACAGGUGGUUUUGAUUCUCUCUGACAUAAAAUUUAGUUGGGAAAUAAAAAAAGAUUUGAGUACUCUUUAUUUUUAUUUUUUCUAGUUGAGUAUUUGUUUUAUAUGUUUGAUUAGUUAAUUGCUGUAAGGGAGUAUUAUUCAAUUCAAUUCUUUAAAAAUGUCACUACCAACUUUUGUUUGUUUGUGUACAGUUUGAUAGAUCACAGGAUUUUUCUAGUUUAUUUUGA